GCCUGUGGGACGACGUUGGAGCACAUGGUGCUGCGGCCAUCGACGAUGGGAGUGUCGCGGCCUCUGUCGGCUGCGGCAAAGCCACUGCCGACCCAUGUGGACGUGGCUAUUGUCGGAGGUGGGCUUGGCGGCCUGCUGCUGUGCGCCGGGCUGAGGUGAGUGAGUGUGGCCGGGAGAGGGGAGAGAUACCCUUCUUCCUGUGUGAUGAUGGUCUCUGUGUGUAUGUGUGUGUGUCAGAUGUCGUGGCAUCGACGCCCAUGUGUUUGAGCGUGCCCCUGCUCUGAGAAAUGCAUCGCAGGUCAGCCAGAGACAGAGAGAGAGGGAGAGAGAGAGGGAGGUGGGAAGGACCCGUUCCAGUGUUGAUUGUGCCGUGUGUGCAGGGCAUGUUCACGGCCUCCACGAACGGAAUGUGUGCAGUGAGGCGGGUGAAGAGCGACAUUGCAGAUACCAUGUUGGCCUCUGGCGUCAUGGACCCGACCACAGCCAUGCAUCAACGCAUGCUGGGGAGGAGGUACACUUACUUUGAUAUGUGCACACAUACCCAUCCCUGCUGUAUGUCGGGGCUCAUCCAGGUCAAGACAAUCCGCGUCGACCGGAAGGGCAAAGGCGAGGUGUCCAUCCGCUGGACCAAGGCACAGAACAUCUUCGCGUCCCACGUGCCCGACGAGGUCAUCCACUGCAGCUGCGGCGGUCGCGACUUCACUGAGGACGACACCGGCGCGACACUCGUGUUCGAGGGCAGGAACGAGCAAGUCAGGUCAGUGUGACCGACCAUUACACGGCAAUCACCCCAGCCGUGGCCAUCUUGCCCUGUGAAUGCACUUACCUUCCAGGGCCAAGAUGAUCGUGGCUGUCGACGGCGCUUUCUCGGCCCUCCGGCCCCAGAUCUUAUCGCGGCAUCGUGAGAAGCGCGACGGCGUUAAGCAGGUCACGAAAGACGGCGGCCAGGGAUCGGCUGCUGCGGCGCUGAUGAUCGAGGACCCGCCCAAGUACCAUGGCUUCCUCAACUGGAACGCACUCGUCAAGAAAGAAGUAGGAGCCGGCGGGCCCUGUGGACGGACGCCCCUCUACCAGUGAAUAUUCAUAAUCUGGUACUUGUUGCGUUGCAGGACAUCGCGCGCUACGCCGAGUCCGCGGGCGUGCUGCUGCCCUACACAGAGCGCGGCAUGUUCAUUGUCACAUCAGACUGCCCGAACGUGCUUGCGUUUAUCGUUGAUGUCGGCACACACGUCUUCUGGCAGGUGGGUGACCCACGCACUCGCACACAUAGACACAAAGCCCUCGAAUCUAACAUCUGUGUGUUUGUGUUCAGAUCCGAGUGCCGGAGUCGUCCAAGGCCGGUCACCGCGCGGUUGCGGGCCGCCAAGGGCUCAAAGAGCACCUCCUUCGUGGCCUGCGUGACGCCACUGACCUGGCAGUGCCCAUCGGCCAGGAGGCGGAGAAGCCGCAGAUACCGGCCGGUGAGACGCAGCCCAACAUGUCGGAGAUCAUUUGCAUGGUGGGGGCCACACCGGAGGAGAAGAUCUACGAGCGGUGCAUCUACGGCAGGGCCGCCACAUCAACCAUCACCACUCCAAAGGUACCAGUGGCCUGCAAUGAGAAGAUGCUCGAUGGCCUGACUAUGUAUGUUCGUUCGUUGACACACAGGGCCGCGUUAUCAUGAUCGGCGACGCCGCCCAUGCGCCCUAUCCUGGACCCGGCCAAGGGGCCAAUAUGACCUUUGAGGACGUCAGCGUGCUCAUCGACAUGUUCGAGAAACACGUGCCAAACAUUCGGGCACCGAACACGGCCACCGUGAGCAACCGCGACCUGACGAACGGCACUACCCACAAACCAGGCAAGAUUGACCGGCGGACAGAGGGGAAGAAAGCGACUCAACCGAUCGCCAUUUUCGUUCUCUUCCUAUGUGAAUGUCUGCAGAUCUGAAUGGCCACAGCAAUGUAGAGUUGCCGGCCGUCGUGGUGCCCACGAUCCUCUGCGAGUGCGAGUCCAUCCGGCUGCCCCGCAUGCAGUCGAUGGUCUACUAUGCGGACAUCGCGGCGUGGCAGUUCCAUACCCAGGCCUCCAAAGUCCCAACCGAGUGCUUGAAAGCAAGUCGGACGGCCAUCUCGGGGUCGUCCACCCCGAGAUCAAGGACUGCCGCACCAAGUUCAACGACUGGGUCAAGACGUUCCCGCCAGAGGGACCGCCGCCAUCGCUGGAGCCGUUCGAGCCAUUUGUGCCCAGGAAGGUGUUCAGGCCCUAGUCUACCCCGUCAAAUACUAAACAGAUGGAUGGUCGGGAUGCACGCACCCUGAUACACUGCCAGAGUGGUAUCUAGGAGUUUUGGGUGUGUUGUUGGGUUUGUUGAAGAGGAUGUGUGUGCAUAUUUAUUGCUUGGAAAAGGCAAGGUUGACUCUGUGUGUGAGAUACUCAUCUGUGGCGGUGCGGCUCUCUCUCUCUCUCUCUCUGUCUCUGUAUGUGUGUGUGCAUGUCUUGCUGGCGUGCCCUCUUUUGCUGCAUGCUGUAUGUAUCGGCGAUGCAUGCUAUGAUAGCCAGUGCACCAUCGAUCCAUCACCCUCUCGAAUAUCUGUCUGUUUGCAAACGCAUAUGUCAGCCGGCAGUUUGGGGUGUUUUACCGCCAGUUUGUUUUGUCCCAUGCAUUCAUUCACUGAUGUGUGGAUGGGAUGCAGUCCGUCUGUGGUGCGUACGUUUGUAUGACCAUCUUUGGCUCAUCCUGGCGAGCAGGCAACCAGGCAGCAGGUAGGGAGGCAUGGUGGUGUUUUGUGUCUGUCUGGUUUUGUGCUACAAGUGGGCUCUUUCUUCUUCCUUGCCAUGGGUGUGAGUGGUGUCAGUCACGUGUGCGGAAGGGACCUUUAUUGCGUCCGUCGUGAUCCAUUCAGCGGCACAUUUAUACUAGCACCUCUUGCACCAUCGAUCGACUAGCCGCCUAAUUUACUUGGGGCGUUUUUGCGAUGAAUGAAUCCUUCCUUGCAUGUGGCGAAUGCGUAGGUCCGUUGUUCCAUGCUGCUGCCUGAAGUGAAGUGCAGCCAUCCCGCCGAUCUUGCGCAGUCCUGUUUCCCCCACUCCCUCCCUCUGUCAUCGUGGAUGUCUUUAUGCAGCCUACCGCUCAUAUUUCACCUGGUCGGUCUUUAUGAGUGAUCCAUCCGGUGUCCGUGUGUGCGGGAGGGGUGGCUUUAUGGCUGGAGAUGGAUGCAUUUUGCCUGGAUGCCAGGGGGCUAUAUCCGAGUUUUGUGUGUCGAGCGGGUGAAUGUUCGUCGGACUGCUGACCUGUUCUGGCUGCCUUAGACCGGGCUCUUCGUCGGAUGGGGCCCUGUGUGUGGUACGUCCGUGUUUGAGAGAGGCGAGGGGGGCUCUGUGUGUCUGUGGGGCGAGGUUUGUGCACUCCGUAAUACGCACGUUUGUGUGGCUGUCUUUCAUCACUCUUGCUGGCAACCAUGAAGGCAGGCAGGCAGCCUUGGCAUUUGGUGUGUCAAGUGUGUGUGACCUUCAUUGCUGUCUGUAUCUGUUGAGCUUUGUCCGCCGUGCGAUGUGACCCAGGGAGAAUGGCACGUUUAUCCUAGCACCUAUUGCACCAUCGACCAGCCGUCUUACCUAGGGCGUUCCUCUGAAGGCGAGCGAAUGCGUUUUGGUAUAGGCAGUCAAGUUUUUUGUAAGAGAGCUCAAAGUAUAUAUGCAGUGUUCUUUGGUCUUUGUAUAUACGCUGCGUUGCCGACAUAGUCGGUCUGUACACGUCCGCGUCUCCUUGCACCUAGCUCUGUCUCUGGCUUGUCACCGUGGCGUGCGUGUCAUGGUUGAUGUGGCAAAUUCUCCACACGCGCCAUGGGACGCAGACUCUGGUGACAGGGGGAAAGGCGUGAUGGGGUCGGGUCAGUCAGCUUGGAUGGGUGUAUGUGCUUGAGGGUGUGGCACGUGGUGGCGCUCGACCAGCCAACUUUAUCUGUAUGGUCCAUGUGUAAGUGCACUUACGUGUGCUUGAGCUCCGUGUUGCUCGCCAUUUAUGCAGCAGUGCCCGAAGGGCCGCCAUGACGAUUGACAAAAUAUAUGAUGACGGUGCAUUAAACGAAGAUGGCAG